AUGUUGAAGGUAACACUUCUAUUGGGUAUUUUGAGUGCAUUUUAUAUGCAGGAAUAUUUGGUCGCUGCACUCAAUGGAGAAGCUUCGACUUCUCCAAAUAACAAAGACAGACCAGUUGGACCAGGUUUAGAAAGUAUUCGCUUCCUGCUUGAUGCCGUACAACGCAGUCUGCUCCUGGCAAAAACUGCAUGUAAUGCAUCUGAGGAAUCUCUGGAAAAGCAUUUUCAAGGAUUCGAGAAAAUAGGUUCAAGAUACUUUUUUAUCGAACACGAUCACGAGGUAAACUGGUGGGCCGCAUCGAAUAUCUGCCGACAGAAAGGAGGCUUUCUGGCUACUCCAAGGAAUCUAGAGGAGUUAAAUCAAAUCAUUGCCAAAUUGGUGAAUAAGCAACGAUAUUGGGUGGGAAUCAACAAUCUGGGUGAAGAUGACAAAUACGUUUCUCAAGCAACCGGAUUACCAGCUUAUCUGAAGUGGGGAACUGGCCAGCCCAGCCGUGUCUAUGGGAAUGCAGCAGAACACUGUGUGGAACUGAAAUCAGAAGACGGAUUUUAUAUGAACGAUAAACUAUGCGAGAAUAAAACCAAAUAUAUAUGCGAGUUAGAUUAUUAA